AUACCCUCACCCUCACCUCUCUUCUCUUUCCCUUCCCAAACCCACCUCCACACAACGUUGCAGACAUCCAAUGGAGUCCCGGGAUCGCCCUUCCUCUUCUCGCCGGCCCUCUAAAAGGGUCCGCAUUACUGCAACCCUGCCCCAUAUUCCAGACGAAAUCAUUCUGGAGAUUCUGUGUCUUCUUCCUGUGAAGUCCCUGAUGCGGUUCAAAUGCGUUUCCAAAUCAUGGCGUGAGAUGAUCUCCGAUCCCGAUUUCGAGAAGAAGCAACUCGCAGUUGCGGCACGAGACUCUGGUGAGGUCUAUAACUCGAGGCUUAUUAUGCAUUAUCCUUCUAUGAAGCUUAAAUCUUGCCCUUUAUCUUGCCUGUUCUAUGAGCCUGUUGGGCAUUCUGUGAAUCAUGAGUAUCCGGGUAGCGAAUUGGGUGCUAUGAAUGAGAUCAUUGGUAGCUAUAAUGGGUUGGUUUGUUUUUGUAUUCGGGAUACAGAAAAUGAUAUAAUCUUUGUGUGGAAUCCAUCGACUAGGGAAUUUAGAAGAUUGCCUCCCAUUUCUUUUAUGCAGUGUUUUCAUUUGGUGGCGUAUGGAUUUGGGUAUGACAGCAUUGCCGAUGACUAUAAGGUUACGAGAGUGGGUUGCUACUGUAUUGGGCGCUAUUAUGAAUAUCAAGUCAGGGUUUUUUCAUUGAGAGGUAAUGUUUGGAGAAAAAUUGAGAAUUUUCCCUGCUAUCUUUUCACUGAUGAACCAGGGAUACAUGUGAAUGGUUCAAUCAAUUUCGGGGGAGUUGGGGACAGUGAAAAUUACUACUGGAGUGUAGUUGGACUUGAUUUAGCAAGUGAAUCUUAUCGGAUGGUGCCGCUGCCUGAUUGUGCAGAUCCAAAUGUGAAACCAAUGAUUAUGGCUUUAGGAGGACGGUUUUGCACUAUUUUUGAUAAUGACGAGGCUGUUGAUGUGUGGGUAAUGGAGCAAUAUGGGGUGAAGAAGUCCUGGAAUAAAUUGGUUACUGUACCUUAUUUCCCGGACCCAAUGACUGUUGAUUGUACAAAGCCAGUGUUCUUUUUGCGAGACGGAGCAAUUCUAAUGGAAUUCUAUGGGUUGUUAGUUUUGUACAAUAUCGAUAGAGAUGAAUCAACGAUUCCUACAAUCUAUGGGACUCGUCAUUGUCAUGAGGUAGAAGUCUACCUGGAGACCAUAGUUUCACCCAAUGCCUACUAUAGACUGCAAGCUGGCCAUCAAAAUGGAGGAAUAGGAAGACAAGGUAUAUCCUGAGCAUAAGGUAUGGAGCCCAGACUAGUUCCUUGCAAAAUUUGGAGGAUGUUGUCUUUAGGGAACUAGAAAUGCUCUUUAGUCUUGUAUGUGCUUAAACAUUAUAGUGCUUUAUAUAUGUGAACUUUAAGGCCAAAUACAUACCUGAGUAUGAAGUUUAAGGCCUUAUGUUAGUACUUGAUGUAGUAUAUUGUAGUUAGGAAAGCAUAAAUGCUUGUUUGUGACCUACAUGCAUGCAAAGUUUGAGUAAUUUAUACAGGGCUCUGAAGUUUAAUACUUUAUGCCAACCUAAGUAUGAACUUUAAUUUAAGUGCAUACUUCUAAUAUUAGUUUUUUGUCAACCUGCCACCUGUUAU